GUGUUGGAGGGGGUCUGCGCAACGUCACAUCCAAAGACGCUGGAGGAGCUUGUGCGCACCAGCGAGAGGAGGAAGAACCCGCGGUGCUUCCACUGAUCCCGCAGACAUUCACGACUACUGAUCUCAACCUGAGGAGCUUUUUCAACAUUUCAACCAUGACGCACGGACUUUGUGGUUUUACACUUAUUCUCAUUUUAAUCCCUCUCACCACUGGGACACCUUUCCAACACGGCAGGUUCCAGGGAAACGCGUAUUCUGGCACAGACGCACGACAGAGAAACAAGAACUGGUGCGCCUACGUUGUGCACAAGAACGUGAGCUGUGCCGUCGUGGGAGGCACAGACAGCUUCGUGCAGCCGGAGCUGUUCCCGUGUCCUCCGGAGCUGCCAGACUGUGCGCAACAAGUGAUAUACCGGACGCACUUCAGGCCCACGUAUAAGAUUGCAUACAAGACUGUCACUGAGCUGGAGUGGAGGUGCUGCCCGGGGUACCAGGGCCAUGACUGCAUGGAGGUGAAAGACUUCAGGAUACUCCAAGUAGAGAAUUUUCCUCAUGCACCCUCCACUGGACAUAUUCCAGUCCCACAAGCUCCAGAGCAGCCAGCAGAUGGCCAGAGAAAUCAUCCAUGGGUAGGGGAGGGGCACUUUGGAGGUCAGACAGUUCAGAGACCACUCGGGGGUCACGGAGGAUCUCAAAGGGCUCAACACCUGGAGGAGGAGGUGCAGCAACUGUCCCAGAUGGUCCUUGACAUGCAGGCAAGAAUGACAGACAUGACCUCCAAUCUGAGGCUGGAUUUCCAGGAGGACGCCAGUAAAAUGCUCAUCACGCUGCUGAAUAACGUCAGAGAACCUGCAGGUGCACGAGGCACAGAAACCCACGCCUUCCAGUUGCAGGACAUCUUCCCCAACCACGAGAUAACGCCAAUGGAUGAAGUUAUGAACAAGAUUACCCAGGUCACAGACGAUCUAGCGUCUAAGACCAAUACCCUGGAUGACCUGCUGGGCCGCGUCGACCGUCAUGAUGGACAGAUUCGUCUGCUGAUGGAGGCAGGUCAGAAUCCAUCGUCUUCACCUCCUCCUACUCCCCCAGCCAGUGAUCCAGACCUGCGUGCCUACCUGGACGCUAAGAUCCAUGCUCUGAGAGAGGAGUUGAUGGAAGGCAUGGAAAUCAAACUUGCAGACUUGAAGAAUGCUUGUGAUUAUAAAAUCAUGUCGGUUCAGGAGCAAUGUGAGGGAACAGAGGCCAAUUACCUGAGCCUGGCUGAGCUCAUGGACUCAAAGGAAACUGACCUUCGACAGGAGAUCCAGGACCUUAAAACCCAGCUGGAAUAUCCAGAAAAAGAAGGCACUCGUGUAUCUGACUCUGUUCUCGCUCGUGUAGAAAACCUUGAGAUCCAUCUGAACUCCUCUCAGAAGACUGUGACAGAGCAGUGCCUCUCGGUGGAGGAAAAGCAGAGGAAAGAGCGGGCAGAGGCCAUUAAAGACUUGAGGGGGACUCUGGAGGACAAGCUGGCCUCUAUGGAAGAUCAACUCACCACACUGUUGGUAGAUAUAAGCACCAACUCCCAAUCAGGGAUUCAGCCGGUGAGUCAGGACGCACAGCAGAGGGACAUGAACUCUCUAAAGAGCUCUGUUCAGACUCUGGAGGACAGACUCAACAUCUUGGACCAGUUACAGUCCAAUGAGCACAAGGUUAAUUUAGCUGUUGCAGAAAACCUUCAGCAAGAUUUCCAGAGCUGCAAAACUGCUACUGAUGCUAUGGAGAUGAGUCUAAAUGUCAAGUUAAAUGGCCUUGGAGCCAUUGAGGGACAACUCGUCAACUACAGCACUCACAUUGAGAAUGCGAACAACGAGCUGAGCUCCAUGAGAAGCCGCAUGGGCAUAUUGGAGGACUCCUUAUCAGAUGUAGUCAAUCAGCAGUCCCUGACCUCGCAGAGCCUCAACUCCACCUGGGGUCAAGUUAAAACAGGAGCUGAGCAGGAGCUCAAGGACCUUUCAGAGCUCCACAGAACACAGCAUCAGGAGCUCAGAGAGCGGCUGGAUGGGCUGAGCACGGAGGUGAAAGCCGAGUCCGAAGAGUGCAGGGGAAAAACUGAAGACGUCGGUAAGGAGAUUGCCCACAUGGACAGCCGCAUCGUUCGCAUGGAGGAUUUAUGCGGCAAGCUGGAUCCGAUCUCUGUUAGCCUCCAGAGAAUCAAAGAGGGGCUGAAUAAACACGUCACUGCGUUGUGGACCUGUGUCAACCAGCUGAACGGCAUAGUCAGAGCUCAUACAAAAGAUAUUGGAGGAGUGAGGGGAACUUGCUUGAAUCUCCAGAACCACAUCGCAAACAUAGCCAGAGACCUUCAGGUGCUAACGGACAACAACUCUGAGAAGACAGGUGUUCAGGUCGCAGUGGACGACGCAGGACUUUCCCAGGGUUCAAGUAAAGGCCUCGUGGUGCCUGUGGUCCCCGUGGACGCCUCUCUCCCUCAGCCACCUGUGAUGGAGACCGGAGAGGCGGGUCCCCCCGGCAAGAUGACCUCGUCCAAGUUGCCCCAGGGGACCAGCGGCAGCCUGAUGCCUGUUCAGGGCUUUGCUGGAGCUCCAGCUUCUCCAGUCAAAUCUACUGACUCACUAAUGACCAGCUUGCCACACAUCUCAGAUAUGAACCUGCCCCACGGACCCUCACCACAGGAACCUGCCACGAGUUCAAGUGAGGUGUCGUUCUCAGCCGGUCUGACUCUUCCAUCGUUCCAAGGAGAGGUCGGAAUCAUUCGAUUCAACAAGGUGUUGGUCAAUGACGGAGGACACUACGACCCUCACACAGGCGUCUUCACGGCUCCCACAGACGGCCGCUACCUGGUCAGUGCCGUGCUCGCAGCCCAGCGAGGUGAGAAGGUCGAGGCCGUCCUCUCGGUGUCCAAUCGGAGCAUCCAGAGGUUGGACUCCACGGGUUUCCUGUCCGGAGCGGCUGUGCCAACGUCCCACCAACAGUGUAACUGCAGCAGUCCGACCUCGCUGAGUCUGGUCCUCUCACUGAAGCGAGGAGACCGAGCGGGACUCGUCCUGACGGCCGGGAAGCUCGCCACCUCGGCCUCCUCCUCCUCUGAGAUCCUGUCGUCUUUCAGCGCCGUGCUUCUUUACCCCAGCCUGUCAAAACGGUAGCCCCGCCACUUCCAGAGACAGCUGAGACCUUAUAUAAGCCAUAGACACAGUGCGGUGUGUAUUAUCGAGGGAAAGACAAAUUAUUUAGCCAGAACCGAAGUAAGAGAUUAUUUCUAUCAUGAGUACUAAUAUAUAGUGCAUUUAUAUUAGUGAAAUUGUAUUUUUUAUUGUAAAGGUUUGUUUACAACCUAAACCAACCAAAUACACAUAUUUAAUUAAACACAAUACGUAUUAACUUCUUCUUUAAAGGUUUUUUUAUGAAUGUAAAAGUUCCUCAAAGUUAUAAAAACAGAAGUCAGUCGUCAGACAUCCGCACAAUACGUCCAUGACAUCACAGUGCCCCACAUGUUCAUAAUGCACACCUAGCCUAUAGUCAUGCACAUCCCCUAACAACGCCAGGUAAAGCGAGGAGGCCGACAUUUCCUACACGUGCUGGAAGCGGUGGACCAAUCCCAAAAGAGCGAGCCAGCAGGCCAAUCAGAGCAGACUUGGCUUCAUCGGAAGGGAGGGGCUUAAAGAGACAGACGCAUAAUAUAUCUCCUUUAAUAUAAAAAAAACCUAAUUAAUUUCUGAUGUUAAUGGUUUGUAAGUGUUACAAUUUUAAUUCCAGUUCAUUGAAUUUGUUAAUUAUUGGGCAAAAAUCAGUUGGUAAAUAAGUUUUGCACAAUACAUUUUGAGCUUUUAUGAAAGAACCAUUCAACAAA